CAUCACAAAAGUAUAUAACCUCAACUUGUCGAAAAAAAUGUUGUUAAAAAAACAAAAAAGUUUAUUUAAAAUAGUAAUAUUUAUAUUGUUAAUAAAUCAAACAAAAAGUGAUAAAACUGAAGAUGAUGAUUAUGAAGAUAAAGAAGUAACUAAUUCAUAUCAAACAGUUGGAAAUUAUAUAAGUGAAUAUCUUGAAUCAAUCAAAAUAAAACCAUCAAAUAAUUUAAACAAUAUAAAUUCAUACAAAAAAAAAAUACAAUCAUCAAAAUAUAUGCUUGAUAUUUAUCAUAACAAUAACACUGUAAAUAAAAAUGAUACAAUAAUACGUUUUUCACCACGUGAUCAAAAUAAUAAAAAAGCACAAAAAGUUAAAAGAAUGUGGUUUGACAUUAAAAAUAUAAGUGAUAAUUAUGGAAUUCUUAUUGAAGCAUCAUUAAAAUUAUAUCGUGAUAAUACAUUUAUAAUUGAUGAUCAUAAUAGUUAUAAUUUUAUUCUUAAUAUUUGGCUUAAAUUAAAAAGUGAAGACAAUGAACCACCUAAACAUCAACUGGUUGAUUCAACACAUGUACCAGCAAAAUUUUAUGGCUGGAUGAGUUUUAAUGUGACAAAGUGUCUCAAAGCUUGGACUGAUAAUCCAAAUGAAAAUUAUGGAUUGUAUGUUAAUGUAACUGAUGAAUAUAAUAAUUACAAGGAUAAAAUAACACCAGAAAGGUUUGGUGUAAUUGGAUUUGAUGGUGACUUGGAAUAUCAGCCAUUUGUAAUAAGUUAUUAUAAAAAAACAAUAAAUGGUAAAAUUAAUAAAACAAAAAGUGAUGAAAUUAAAGAAGAUGACGAUGAUGAUGAUGAUGAUGAUGAUGAAGAAUACAUGACAGCUGAAAGUUAUCUAGGUGGUUAUCUUAAAAGAUUGGGACUAAAUCCAGAACACUCUUUAAACACAACAUCAUUGAAAAAAAAACAAUCAGCAUCAGAAUAUACACUAGGUAUUUUAAAAGAAAAGAAAAUGGUUGAUCAAAAUGUUACAAUAAAAAUUAUACCACCAAUUGAUCAUGAUGGUGGAAAAGCUAAAGAAGUUAAAACAAUGUGGUUUAAUGUUGAAGAUAUAACUGAUUAUAAUGGUAUUAUCAUUGAAGCAUCAUUACACUUAUAUCGUGAUAAUACAUUUAUAAUAAAUGAUAAGAAUGAUAAUAAUAAAUAUACAUCUAUGAUAAUUGAUAAUACUAAUUAUAAAUUUAUCCUUAGUAUUUGGCUCAAAUUAAAGACUGAAGACAAUGAACAACCUAAAUAUCAAUUGGUUGAUUCAAUACGUGUGCCACUAAAUUAUUAUGGCUGGAUAAGUUUUAAUGUGACAAAGUGUCUCAAAGCUUGGACUGAUGAUCCAACUAGUAAUUAUGGAUUGUUUAUAAAUGUAACUGAUAAAAAAAAAAAUUACAAAGACAGCAUGACACCAGAAAAAUUUGGUGUCAUUGGAUUCAAUGGUGAAUCAGAAUAUCAGCCAUUUAUUAUAAGUUUCUAUAAAAAAACAACAAGUAGCAAAAUUAAUAAAACAAAAAGUAAUGAAAUUAAAUAUGAAGAAGAAGAAGAAGAUGAUGAAGAUGAUGAUGAAGAAGAAGAAGAAGAAUAUAUAACAGUUGAAAGUUAUUUAACUGAUUUUUUUAAAAGAAUGGGAUUCAAUCCACCAGCUAAUUUAAACACAACAUUUGAAAAAGAAAUAUCAGCAUCAAAAUUUAUGCUAGAUAUUUAUAAUAAAAAUAAAAAUAAUGAUGUUGAUGAAAAUGACUCGUUAAGUAAAAGUGAUACAAUAAUAGCAUUUUCACCACUUGAUGAUGAUGGUGAAAAAGCUAAAAAAGUUAAAAGAAUGUGGUUUGAUGUUGAUAAUGUAACUGAUAAAAAUGACAUUCUCAUUGAAGCAACAUUAAAAUUAUAUAUUGAUAAUAGAUUUAAAAUAAAUGAUGGUAAUAAACAUAAAUUUAAUCUUAGUAUUUGGCUUAGAUUAAAAGCUGAAGACACUGAUCAACCUAAACAUCAAUUGGUUGAUUCAAUACAUGUGCUAAAAAAUUUCUAUGGUUGGAUUGAUUUUAAUGUGACGAAUUGUCUUGAAGCUUGGACUGAUGAUCCAAGUGAAAAUUAUGGAUUGUAUAUAAAUGUAACUGAUGAGUAUAAAAAUUAUAAUGAUAAAAUGACACCAGAAAAAUUUGGUGUCAUUGGAUUUGAUGGUGACUUGGAAUAUCAGCCAUUUAUAAUAAGUUAUUAUAAAAAUACAAUAAAUAGUAGAAUCCAAUUACACUUUGAAGAUGAUUUUGAAAUUUAUACAAGAAGAAGAAAAAGAGACGUUAGUUCAUUGAGUGAUUUAAUGAGUAAAAUUAAUGGUACGUUUCUUAAUUCAAAAUCAAAAAAAAAGAAACAUUGUCGACUGGAAAAGCAUCAUGUUGAUUUUGCAAAAAUUGGAUAUCACAAUUCAAUUGUUGAACCACCUGGAUAUGAGUUUUCAGUUUGUCGUGGUGAGUGUAGCUUUGUCAUGGGAACAAAUGUUGGUAUCACUAAUCAUGCUGUUGUACAAAUGUUGAUGAGUUAUCAUUAUCCAGAAGUACCAAAGCCAUGUUGUACACCAAGUAAAUUGUCACCAUUGUCAGUUUUAUAUAUGGCCAAGGAUAGUAGUCUUGUACUUCAAAAUAAACUUGAUAUGAUUGCUGAUGAAUGUGGCUGUCAUUAAAUUAUAUUAUUUUUAAAUUAUAUAUAUUUUUUUUUAGUACUAAUUGUAUCAGUGAGACAGUCGUUAAACAAACAUAAUGACAAUGUAAAUAAAUAACA